AAAGAAAAAAAGAGGGAAGAGGGCUUGCACUUAAACAAAUGACUUCACGAAAAUCAAUAAAAAAAGAAAAAGAAAAAGAAAAGAAAAUAUGAUAUUGGCGUAGUAGUAGUAUCUUCACGGGUCAGUUGAAUGUACUGGACGAAGGCUCGUCGCAGAAAAGUCACCCAGGGAGAGAGAUCCUGUGAGUUCGCUGCUAUAUCUAUAUGUUGGUGUAGGAUUGACUCGACUCUGAGUUGGGUCAUUGUCCUUCCGAUUGUUACUGACUCGGUCUGCAAAAUGGCGGCAAAAAUGUUGAUGGCGUCGUCCCCUUUUCUAGGGAUCGCCGUCUCGGUUGCUCUCUUCUCUCUCCUCAAACAAAAACCUCCCAUUCCACCGAGACUCUUCACCGUAGAAGAAUUAGCAAUCUACAAUGGAACUGAUGACGCCUUGCCCAUUCUUCUUGGAAUCAUUGGCUCAGUGUUCGAUGUAACAAAAGGAAAAGCUCAUUAUGGUCCGGGAGGAGGUUACAGUCAUUUUGCUGGAAGGGAUGCUUCACGUGCAUUUGUUUCAGGAAACUUUACAGGAGAUGGUCUUACUGAUUCAUUGCAUGGUUUAUCUAGCCCCGAGGUGAAGAGCGUUGUUGAUUGGCGAGAUUUCUACUACAGGACAUACACAUUUGUUGGCAAGCUAGUGGGGCGUUACUAUGAUAGCCAAGGCAAUCCUACAAAAUAUUUGAAAGGGGUGGAAGCAAAGGCUGCUAGAGGUGCACAGCUGAUGGAGAAACAGAAGAAUGAAGAAGCUAAAUUACCUAGCUGCAAUUCAAGGUGGAGUCAAGAAACGGGUUCAGAGGUUUGGUGCGACAUAGGCUAUCCAAGGUUAGUCCAGAGACCACUAGAAAUAGCUUUGACUGGGAAAAUGAGUAAACGCUGCGUCUGCUUAAGAGAUGACGAACUGGAUCAGCCAGGAUUAGAAAUCUAUGAAGGAUGUGACUAUUUCGGCACGCUAUGCCGACUUUAAGGAUUGUAAAAUUCACGUCCCUGUAGAUUUUAAGUUUAUAAAUGUGUUAAAAACAAAUAUUCCAGUGACUGACAAGCCAGAUAUAAGAAAGCAGAAAAAAAAAAAAAAAAAAAACAUCAAA